ACGUUCAUAAAGUUGGCUUCAAAUUCGGAUUCGGAUUCCAGCACAACAUUCGUGGAAAAAAUGACAAAAACGGACCCCUCAGAAUCGAUUUAAAUUAACAGGAUAGAUAGAGUAGGACAUGCUCAUUAUGAAAAUAAAUUAUCUAGGCUUGGCACCCACUAAGAACUGAGGAAGCUUAGGUCAAAGUUCAAGGUCAUUCUCGGCGGACCCUUUAGAUUCUCGUAAAAAUUCGUACAACUAUAGUCCAUGAAGAGCUGAUUUCAAAAAUACCACUUUCUUACUUUGGCAAGCAGCACAAACUGAUAUAUAAAUAGGUCAAAGGUCAGAAUCAAGGUCACGUAUGUGUAAUACAGGAAGUGGAAGUGACCACGUGGCCAGGAUGCCGGCGGCGGCGACGACAGUGCGCCGGCGCACAUCUCUAUGGAGGUGGACACGGCGACCCGUGGGCGACCGCCGCUGCCGCGGUUUGCUACAGGUGGCCAUGGCCACUAAUCUGUCACGAACUUCUGGCAGUGAACGCCAGUCGGUUCUCGGAUGUGAGGACGCGCCCUUCGAAUCAAGUGACGGAGAUGCACCGUGUGACAGUGUGCGUUUUCCGGGCGAGUUCGUUGCGCUGUGUGCCGGUCGUGCGCGGGACUGGUACCACCCGUCGUUCCACCAGUUCUCAGUGCUGCAGCGCGCCGUGCGCGAUCUCAGUGCCGCCGUCAAGGAGACUGUGCGCCGCGAGCUGCCGCCCGAGGACCUGCCGGCGCUGACCCGGCUGGAGCCGCUGGCUGACGGCGCGCUGUCGCUGCGUCCGCCGACCCUGCGCCGGCCGCGCCGGGAGGACCCAGCUGCAGCAGCUGCAGUUCAUAGCCUGAUUUAUUUAGCUUAAUCUAUUUAUAUUAAUCGUAUUGCCACCAUUAACCUGACUCCUGACUCGUGAUUGUGGUUGCCUCAGUUGUAGGCCUUAAGUGCACCGCAUUUUGACAGGUCUCGACGUGGCGACCUCGGAGCCAGCGUGUUGGGUCUCGACUUCCCGCCACUCACCGGCGGACCUUUCCGCUUCGUGGACUGUAUCGGUCCCGCACAGCUAGUCAAGGACAUGGAGCGCUUUGCCGUCGUCAGUGGCGUCGGCUUCGAGCCGUGCCUGACCGUGCACUACCAGGCCGCUAGCGGCACCAAGUUCUGUUCGGCCGGGCCUCGUGUAAUGCCCACAUGUGAUGACCGAGUGUAUACGCAUGUGAAGCCGCUCCGCGUGUGUGCCAGCGCUGGGCGUGUUCAGUUUCAAAGUAAAUAUAGAACCUGGUGAUCAA